GAGUUUUAGGGCGGCGAUGGGGAGCUAGGGCAUGGGCUUGAUCCGGAGCGGCUUCUCUUUCACUCUGGGGACGCUGUUUGGGAUCUAUCUCGCGCAGAAUUACAACAUCCCGAACGUUCAGGGGAUCGUCAACGUCGGCCUCGUCAUGGCGAAGCAAAUCGAGCGGGCGUACAGGAAGCGCGGCAAGGACGAAGAAGACGACUACUGAGAUCGCUCACAUUCCAGGCAUUUUAGGAGGUAGAGGAAGAAUUCGCGAAGGAAGAGGCCGAGGCUGAUCGAUCAGGCAGGAGGAAAAAGAGGGAAAAAAUUUCUCUUUUGGAAAGCUAGAAAGAGAAGCAAAGAUCUUUUUUGGAGAUGGAGGGAAAGGUCGAGCAGGCUUUGCGGCGUCCCACUCCAUUCCAGGUCUUCGUCAGGGAAUUGAAGCAGAAGAAGGUGGAGAUGACGAGCACUGUGAUUGCGCUGAUGUGCAUUGUUUUCUCGAGCAAGCUGGUGAGCUUGAAGAACGAGAGGAACGCUUUCGACAGCGAGCACGAGGAGAGGAUGGAAAAUCUGAGGGAGGAUAACAGGAAGCUGAGGGAGAAGCUGGGGGCAGUGAGCGAGCGAGUGAUGCAAGAGGCGAGCAAGCAGCAGGGCAGAAAGAUUGAACCGUUGUCUACGCGAAUCGAUGCCAUAUUUGAGGAGCUCAACUUGGUUCCUCCGGCUGGUUCUGCUGCUGCUACUGCUACCACGGAUCCUUCCAAAGAUAAUAGCAAACCAUCUGGAAAGUUUUUUGUGUGAAAGAAUCGACAGAGCUGCGAAAGAUUUUUCUGUUUGGGCGAGAGCAAGAACUUUGAGGAAUCAAAAUCAUUUUUUUUUUUUUUUGGUCUCUUUGUGUGAUCAGGCACCAUGUUUCUCAAGCCAUCACGCUGGCGAUUCAGGCCAAUAGGGAAACAAAAUCAAACAUCAUUUCA